CAUUUUUUUCUCUCUCUCUUGGCCUCUUUUCCAUCACCAUUUUAUAGAAGAAGGCGCCAUUAAACUACUCGCGGAAGGCGAGCAGCUCUCGCAUCGUCGAUCAUCCGCCAUUGUUACGGCUGGGGAGAGAAAAGAGGCGGAAUGUCCGCGGAAGAGAGGUAGAUCCGAGAUCCGUGCCUUUUCCAGCGGAGGUCAGAGGCUAGGACAGAAAGGGGGAAGACAAGAUCGGUUCAAGAACAGUGUAAUGCUUUUUGUUGUGCAGUGAUUAGGCAAUAAGGACACUGCUGAUAGAGUAUGAGAUCGAUAAUGACUAAUACUGAAGUUACAAAUCCUGAGGUCUACCUAUCAUUGGGUCUCAUCACAUCAUGCAAGAAGUCUCCUGGAUUCCCAAGGAUAUUAUCCCUUAUAUCCUCAAUUCUUGAGACAACCGUCGAAAAUACUGAAAAUAAACUGGAUUCGUUGGAAAUAACAGAAACUGCAAGUGUCUUCACCGGUAUGAGAGCACCGACACUUAACAUACGAAGGUACAUGGAACGCAUCUUCAAGUAUGCAAGGUGCAGCCCGUCUUGCUUUCUUCUUGGAUACAUAUAUAUUGAAAGAUUCCUUCAACAACCCAACAUUUAUUUGACCUCCCUCAAUGUCCAUCGGCUGAUCGUCACAAGUGUUAUCGUUGCUGCCAAGUUUAUAGAUGAUGCCUUCUGCAGCAAUGCAUAUUAUGCAAGAGUUGGAGGGAUCAGCACAUUGGAAAUGAAUACCCUGGAGCUCAACUUCUUAGCCAGUCUAGAUUUCAAACUCCAUGUGACCGUAGGUACAUUCGACAAAUAUUGUUCGCGGAUAGAAACAGAAGCCAAGACCUACCGCAUCGAGCCACCGAUCAAGACUUGCGCGGUCGAUGAGUGGACGAACAUAGAAGAUCCGAAACACCCAGCAGUGGUUCGGAGAUACAGUUGGGGUACGAUAUGAAUGUUCUUCAGAGCACUUGAACACAAACUGGAUAUUCAAAUUUCAUUCAUUCAACAAGAUCUAUUGCACAUUAUCAUAU